UCGUAAAAAUGGCAAAACGUAUUUAAAAAAUUUAACCUACGGUGCUAUAAAUGUGUGAUAAAUAGAAUGAUAAUCUUAACAUGUUAAGGCCGAUUGGUUUUAAAUUUCGCCAUUUAUCAAAAUAAACGUUAAUCGUUCAUUGUACUAGUAGGAGAAUAUCAGUGCGGUUCAAGGCGAAUUUUUAUAAAAAGCCUUAAACUGGGUUAAAUAGGUCAGUGGAAGCAUAAAUAAUUAAAACAAACCGAUUAUAAGAGUAAUCUUCCCCCUUGUAAUGUGUAAGUAGUGAAAGUGCAACAACCGCAUCCGUUGCCAAAGAUAAAAACGAAAUAGAAAAAAACACUGGUGAAGUGAGGGCCGUUUCUUCCGCAUUAGUAAGGCGCUGGUGUUAUCGUCUGUGUUGGAACUUGGCGAUGUUAUUUGGCGAACUAUUAAUAAUACUCGAGGUCACGUGGUGAAAGAAAAACGGUGUGAUCAUUUUCAUCUCACCGCAUAACGUAAAAGUUGUAGAAUCAAUUUGAGUCGAAAUUUAUCUUACUCUGUGGUUACCAUCUUUUAUUUUGGACUUCAUCUUUUUACUGAACUUUCACUUUUUUUUAGCAUCAUUCGUUUUUGUUGGUGUGUGUUUUUGUUAGACUAUCUACUGCUUUUUUUUGUUUAUAUUUACUAUUCUUGGAUUAUUGGUUAUAGUGCAUGCAUUUAUACAUAUUUGACAACAUGGGCGAAAAACAUAUCUAAGGAUUAUAAAAUCGUUAAUUGAUCUCAUGAUGAUGAUAACUGCCAACGACUCAACCGGAAGCAAGCACAGAAUACAGGAUUUGCGUCCCAACUCCCCACCCUAUUCUCCUCCGCUUUCAAACUCUGGUCAUCCUCAUUACUCACCACUAAGUCCAGGCAGCAACAGCAUGUCUCCAAAUCCCUACCAGUCACCCAAUUCUGACAGCGGCAGGCCUAUCUGGUCGAACAACAUGGAAGCACCCGUAGACCUGACGGCAGCAUUAAAGGGUAAUAAGGAGAUCUUUCCAGCCCGCAAACAGCGCGAAUUCAUACCUGACAACAAAAAAGACGAGAGCUAUUGGGACAGGCGUCGACGUAAUAACGAAGCCGCAAAAAGAUCUCGUGAAAAACGUAGGUUGAAUGACAUGGUUCUGGAGACAAGAAUGUUGGAGCUGACCAAAGAAAAUACUCUUCUUCGAGCAGAGCUGACCGCUAUUAGAGAGAAAUUUUCUCUACCACCCACGCCUAUUGUGAAUUCUGAACAAUUGCAUCUUCAUAUACCUUGUCCUCAAAUCGAUGUUCGUAGUCGACGUAGUAAGCUUCUCACUACUCUUUUACCGAACGGAUCUCCCCUUCAGCCGGAAUCUGGAAUGUUACCCCAUGGUAUGAACCAUUCUCCUGGUGCUCAUGCUCCAGAUCACUCCAUGCACCACAUGAUGUCUCAUUUGCAUGCCAUGGAUCACGCGCAGUGGCAGGAAGCUCACGAAAAUGCCAUGAAGGAAUCGCAUCACCAGGCAAUGCUGCUGAAGAACCAUCAGCAACAGCAGCAACUUCAUCAGCAUGUCAUCAAUCGCCUGACAUCCAAUAAUGGAAUGGCACCCGGUGAGUACGAUUAUCGUGGCAAUCUCAACGUCCGCAGUCCUCCUCAAGAGGUGCCAUCCCCCACAUCGGCAUCACCCCAUCACGAUGAAUCUAGCUCCUGGUCAUCCACUGAAGAACCCAUUCACGCCAGGCCCGUUUCACCACAGCAUUGUUUACCUCACAAGUUGCGUCACAAAUCUUUAAUCAGCGACAAAGAUGCCUUUAUACAGGUACCUUCCUAUCCAGAUAGUGGACGAAGUAGUGGAAGAGAUGACACCUCCUCAGACGGUGAUAGUGGUGGCAAGGAAAGCCCUGUCCCCAAUUCAGACAGUCCUCAAAAUUCGGAAGAACCGCCGCGCAAAGUGGCAAGGCUCUCCAGGAGGGGUAAAGGAAUGGGUGCAGAACUGCAAGUUGAGAACUUACACUUGAGAUUUGAACUGAAAAAACUCGCCUCUGAAGUUGCUGGGCUAAAAGACAUGUUGCUGUGCAACAGGCCACCCUCACUCGAACUUCAAACCCCCAUUGAACCCACCACACCACCUCAUAGCAAUCGAACCUCACCCAAUAUCAUCGAACCCUACGAUGCAGUGAGCAAAUGAACAUUUAUGCAUAGAGUGAUACAUUAAAACGGUGCACAGCUGUGGUCAUUACAAUAAAACUCUCCUCGUAAUCAUAGGUGCUGCAUUAAUCAAAGCAUUUUUUUUCUCUCGUUAUAAAUCAGUUAAAAACUUUGCAUUUGUAAUCAAAUCAUUCCUAAAUGAAUCACACACAUACACUGAGCUUUUGAGUUCCUUUCAAUUUUCAGUUCUUUUUUAUAUUUAAAAAUGCUGCACUUCUACAACUUUGGAAUCAUUUGUACUUCUUUUCAAGAAAACCCCUCUCUUGAUAUGAUGUGCCAAAAAAAACAUAAUAUUCUAAAAUGAUUGUAAUUGAUUGAGGGAUGGCAUUUAUGCUACCCUUUUUUCGAUUCGUUUGAUGGUUUAAUAAACAAAAAUAUCUUAUGAACAAUCCUGAAUAUUAAAAUAAUAAUUUUAACUUAGUAUUAAUUUUAAAAUUUUUAAGUUUCUUUCUUAUGAUGCUUAUACGCAUUAACUUAUUUUGUAGAUCAAAGUUUGGAUUUACCCUAUUCAUCCCAAGUGUUUUGUUAAUUUUUUUUUUCUUGGGUCGAAUUUGGUUUAUCCCGAAUAAAUUCAGGAUUGUUAUAAUUCAAAAUGUGAAAAAUAGUUUUCUUUGUUAUAAUUUAAUUUGUUGAGCUAUUAAGAUCUAAGAAUCACUGUAAGAGCGUUAAUAUGAACUCAUUCUGAGCACUGCCGAACGUCUAGUUGAAUCCAACUUGCUCAAGCGCUUCAUUUUCACGAGCUUCAAUUAUUUAUUAACGUGAGAAUAGCAGUUGAUGUAAAACUUGUACAAUUUUUAUGAAGUUUUGUGAAAACUGCGCCAAGGGAGCAAAUAUUUGUCGCCAAGUAUUUGUCUUUUUCGUGAGAAUUUGAUAUCAGUCGUUUUAACAAUUCAGAUGAUUAAAGUUUCAAUAUUUGAAAGACCGUUAGUAUAUGACUAUAAUAGUUCUUAACUUAUUUUAUAAUGAAACGUAUUAUAUCAAUCAAAGUGUAAUAGUUAGCUGGUUGUAUGCGUUCGUUUUAGCAUAUAGAAUACUAGUAUUGAAUAAUAUAUAAAUUUUUCUCUUUUAAAACAUAAUUUAUUUCAUUCUUUUUAAUGAACCUUUUAGUAUGUAGAUAGCCAUAAAAUAUUUACUAUGUUUCAUUUUUAUGAAAAUUGUUACAGAUUUCACAGUUUAAACUCUUAAAAUAUAUAGUUGUAGAAGAAAUAUUUAUGUGUAAAUAUGUAUUGUAAACAGUGUUUUCAUGGAAAGAUUUAAUGACUCAGAUUCACCCGAAAUUAUUGUGAUUUUAAAAAAAGCCAGAUUGUUUUGGCUAUUUAUUAAUUUCAUUUCUGAAAUUAGAUUCUCAGAGACUAACGACCCAAUAUGCCAUUUAUAAAUUUUAACUGCAAUGAUAAAAAUUUUAAUAAAACUGAAAUAUAUAAUAAAAGUUACUUUUAAAGAAUGAACUAUGCUACUAUAAAUUAAUUGAUUUGCUUAUAACUAAACAAAUAUAGUGGGUCUUUUCGAAACUAAAUUGUGUUCAUAUAUUAUCAAUUAAUCUAUUGAAAUAAAAUAAAAUUUGAUACAAGUAGUAAUAGAUUUUAGAUUCGAAUCUAUUAUUUUACAUAAUCUGAAGACAGAAUAAAAAAAAUAAUUAUUUUUAAAAAUUCACUUGCCGCAUGACUUUUUAAAAAGUUAAAAUAUUUUUAAAAUAUAUUUAGCACGACCUUUUAAAAAAACUAUUUUUAACUUUUUUAAAACUGAUUGCUCAAUUAGAGGUUUGGACAAAAAGGAGCUUCUUUCUAUACGUAAAUAAAAGAAAAUAAGUAUAAAUUUUUAUAAAAUGACUUUUUGUAAAGGAAAGUAAUUAGAACAGAUUUUUAAAAAAAAUACUUAAAGCUUGGUUAUAUAAAAUAGUUUGAAUUCUAAUUAAAUUAUUUAUUUGUCGACUUGAAACUUAGAUUGUUCAUUGUGAGACUAUAUGUUUAAUAUUUAUUUAAUGCUGUCAUCGUCUAGUCUAGAGAAGUUUUAAGUAAAAUGAUGAAUUUGUAUUUCAAGUGGUCUAUAUACAUGUGUGUGUGUGUGUUCCCUCUUUCUUAUGGAGUGUUCUUGUUAAACGUGUGUGUCUUAGUUUCCUCAUGAAAAUUAAAAAUCUGUUUUCUUGUUUUGUUACAUUUCAUCUAUUCUGUGAAUCCUAUGUUGAGUAUAAUAAAGUAUUUUAUCAAUGUUAAA